AUGUCCCAAGAAAUGAAUGAUGGAGAAAAUGCAAAUUUGCAGCAGUUGAUGCAACAGUUGUUGCAUCAACAAAAAUUACAAGAUGAGAGACAACAACUGUUGCAUCAACAGUUGCAAUAUUUGCAAAGCAGGCCGCAGUUGAUGCAACAGUUGUUGCAUCAACAAAAAUUACAAGACGAGAGACAACAACUGUUGCAUCAACAGUUGCAAUAUUUGCAAAACAGGCAAGAGGAGCAGCAGCAGCAGCCACCGCCGCCGUCAGAGAAAAUGAAUGAAAAUGAGCAGGCGGCCGAUCCCGCGCCCGCUGGUAUAAGCAACGGGGCGACAGGGGCGGACGAAAAGGAUAUGAUGGAAUUGGUCAAGGUCUACUAUGUCAGGACCGACCCGAUAAUCCUCGUCCGUAAGAGGUACUGGGUAAAAAGGAAACUGACUUAA